UCCACCACCACUUCACACUCCUGAAGCUCUUUCCCUAGCUCAGCCACCAGCCAGCCUCUCAAGAUGGCCUACGUCCCUGCACCAGGUUACCAGCCCACCUACAACCCGACGCUGCCCUACAAGAAGCCCAUUCCAGGUGGGCUGAGCGUGGGGAUGUCCGUCUACAUCCAAGGAAUGGCCAGCGAGCACAUGAGGAGGUUCUUUGUGAACUUCGUCAUGGGGCAGGACCCAGGGGCGGACGUGGCCUUCCAUUUCAACCCCCGCUUCGACGGCUGGGACAAGGUGGUCUUCAACUCGCAGCAGGGUGGCAAGUGGGGCAGUGAGGAGAGGAAGUUGAGCAUGCCCUUCAGCAAGGGCAAGCCCUUCGAGCUGCUCUUCACUGUGACGGCUGAGCACUACAAGGUGAUAGUGAAUGGAAACCCUUUCUACGAGUUCAAACACCGGCUGCCCCUGCAUAUGGUCACACACCUGCACGUGGACGGGGACCUGGUGCUGCAGGCCAUCAACUUCCUGGGAGGCCACCCCACCCCACACCAGACCAUGGAGGGACCCCCAACCUUCAAUCCGCCAGUGCCAUUCAAGGGGAGACUGCAAGGAGGGCUCACGGCCCGAAGAACCAUCAUAAUCAAGGGCUUUGUGCCGCACCAUGCCAAGAGGUUUACUAUCAACUUCAAGGUGGGCUCCUCGGGGGACGUGGCUCUGCACAUUAACCCCCGCAUGGACGAGGGCACCGUGGUGCGGAACAGCUUGCUGAAUGGCUCGUGGGGAACCGAGGAGAGGAAGAUGGGCCACAACCCGUUUGGCCACGGGCAGUACUUUGAUCUGUCCAUUCGCUGUGGCACUGAUCGCUUCAAGGUUUAUGCCAAUGGCCAGCACCUCUUUGACUAUGCCCACCGCUACCCAGCCUUCCACAAAGUGGACAUGAUUGAAAUCCAGGGCGAUGUGGCCUUGUCCUAUGUCCAGAUCUGACCUGUCCACAAACCACCAUGCUUGGGAAGCCGGAAAGGUCCCCUGGGACUCCCUUCUGGGUCUGAAGCCAAGUUUGGCUAAGACAUGACUCCUGUCCCCUCCUUCCCUAUUCCUUCCCCCUCCACUCCAUUGAGCUCCAU